GGCGCAGAGGGGCCGGGCUUGUAAGAGCCGCAUCCCCGAGGUCGGGCUGGGAGGACGGGCUGGGGCCGGUGCCAUGCUGGGCAAGGACUACAUGUUAGCUAUCAUCUUGGUCAACUGCGACGAUGACUUGUGGGGUGACCAGAGCCUAGAGGGAGAGCCAGGGUUGCCUCCUGGGUGGCGGAAGAUCCAUGAUGCUGCUGGCACCUAUUACUGGCAUGUACCCAGUGGCAGUACUCAAUGGCAGCGCCCGGUCUGGGAACCUGGGGAUUCUGUACCACUUGACUCGGGCACAGAAGGAGCUUGGGGAUUACGACCCCCCAAGGGGAGAUCUUACUCUAGCCUGGAAAAUUCACUGGACCGAAGGACUUCUCUACCGUGGUGCGGGGAAGAAGCCUACAUCCCAAACAUGGAACCAGGCUCCAAGUGCUUUGCAGUACGAUCUCUGGGCUGGGUGGAGGUGCCUGAGGAGGACUUGGCACCUGGAAAGAGCAGCAUUGCUGUCAAUAACUGCAUUCAGCAGCUGGCACAGAGCCGGGGUCAAAGCCAUCCACCUGCUAGGGCCUGGGGUGAGGGUCAGAACAUGUUGAUGAUUCUGAAGAAAGACACAAUGAGUCUGGUGAAUCCCUUGGACCACAGCCUAAUCCAUUGUCAGCCCCUUGUGCACAUUCGAGUCUGGGGUGUGGGCAGCACCAAUGGCCGGGACUUCGCCUUUGUGGCGGGUGACAAGGACACCUGCAUGUUGAAAUGCCACGUGUUUCGCUGUGAUGUCCCAGCCAAGGCCAUUGCCAGCGCCCUGCAUGGGCUGUGUGCCCAGAUUCUGUCAGAGAGAGCAGGGGUGAGUGGUGACCCUCCUCAAUGUUCCUUGGACCCCAUCUCCCCUGAGGAUCUACCCAGGCAAGUGGAGCUUCUUGAUGCGGUGAGCCAGUCUGCCCAGCAGUAUGAGGCUCUCUACGUUGGGACCCUUCCAGUUAGCAAGGCUAUGGGGAUGGAUGUGCUGAAUGAAGCCAUUGGGGCCUUGACUUCCCAGGGGGACCAUCAUUCCUGGGCCCCAACCAUCCUCAGCGUCUCUGACUCACUCAUGACUGCAUUGCCUGUCCAGGGACAGGCAGAGCUGGGUGCAGAAGAGCCACUGUGGCAAUGUCCAGUACGACAUGUGACCUUCAUUGGUGUUGGCCAUGAUCCCCACACCUUUGGACUCAUUGCUGACCUUGGUCACCAACGGUUCCAGUGUGCUGCCUUCUGGUGCCAGCCCCAUGCUGGGGCACUAUCUGAAGCUGUUCAGGCUGCAUGCAUGGUACAGUAUCAGAAGUGUCUUGUGGCCUCUGCAGCCCGAGGGAAGGCCCGGGGUGCCCAAGCCCGGGCUCGACUUCGACUCAAGAGGACAAGCUCUGUGGACUCUGCAGGAGGACCCCUGCCUCUCCCACUCCCCCUGCUCAAGGGUGGAGUUGGAGGUGCGGGGGCUGCCCCCCGUAAAAGAGCACAGCAGUAUUUCAUCACAAUCACAUACCACAACUUACUCAGCCAUAACCCAAUUGUGGCAUCCCUUCAAUUUCCAGUUCUUUGCAACCACAAGUUGAGCUGGGGAAGAAACAUAAGGAGUAGGUGGGUGGAGCGCAAGCCCCGGGGCAGCCCAAUGAGAAGCGGACUAGCAAGGCGUGGCCCGCCUCCGGAAGUGACGCGCAACUUCCGCUGGCCAUGCGGAAGUGAGGCGAUGGCGGAGCUGUACGUGAAGCCGGGGAACAAAGAUAGAGGCUGGAAUGACCCUCCACAGUUCUCUUAUGGGUUGCAGACCCAGGCUAGCAGUCAUAAAAAGACACCACUCACUAAGCGGGUUGCAGCUCCCCAGGAUGGUGCUCCAAAAGUGCCUGCCUCAGAGCCUUUUGCUGGGGCUCCUCCAGUGGGACCACCACCUCUCCUGACAAAGGCUCCCGGGCCCCCUCUUUGGGGAAACUCUUCUCCUUUGAGGUUGGAACCUACCAGCUCCCCAGUCAUUUGUGAAACAAUGUUGGAAGAUGUGCUGGGACCCUUGGAACAGGCGUUGGAGGAUUGUCGGGCUCAUGCACAGAAACAGGUCUUUGAUGAUAUCAGCCGGCGACUAGCCUUGCUUCAGGGACAGUGGAAGAGUGAAAAGCUGUCAGUUCCUGUGAGGAAGAGGAUGACACUGCUGGUGCACGAGCUCAGGAACCACAACUGGGAUGGAGCUGAUGACAUACACCGAUCACUGAUGGUGGAUCAUGUGACUGAGGUCAGUCAGUGGAUGGUGGGAGUGAAAAGGUUAAUUGCAGAAAGGAGGAGCCUGCCUUCAGGGGAAGCUGCUAAGGAGAAGCCUACUACUACAGAGGAGAAUGAGGAGGUCUCAGGCCUCUCUGCAACUCUGUGACCCCCUAUUUUCUUCCUCCUCCAUCAGUCCCUAUCUCCCCCACUGUCCUAGACCUUGAACUAUCUCUGAAUGGGACCUGGUGAGGUUUGGGGUCCAGGGACUUACGUUUGCUGGCUUCCUUGACACCAGCAGGAGGUAGGGAGUUGGAAGAAGGGAAGGGAGGUUCUCUUUUAGCAGAGAAGCUGCUCCAACUCUAACUGGGACUUUGGCCUGACUCUGGGGAGGGAAGACUGUGUAGGCAGUUCAUUGGUUGCUUCUGACAUAUGCAAUUAAAUAAAAACAUCUUGUCCAGUGGUA